AGCUUCCCUGAACAAGUUUGGGAAGUUCAGAGAGAAACCGGCAGAAGCAGUGAAAGAAGAGGCGCGAGCUCCGUCUGAUAAUGCACUGGGAGCAGCUGCUGCGAGCGAGGAACGGGAAGAUCGAGAGGCUGGAGGGCGGUUCUCUGCUGGGCUCGGAGGACGCCGGUCUGGACCCCCAGCGCACACGGCAGGCCAUCGCACAGCUGCAGCAGAAGAUCCUGAAGCUCACCGAGCAGCUGCGCAUCGAGCAGGCGGCCCGCGACGAGAAUGUGGCCGAGUACCUCAAACUGGCCAGCAAUGCCAGCGACAAACAGCAGAGCGCCCGCAUCAAACAGGUGUUUGAGAAGAAGAACCACAAGGCGGCGGCGAGCAUCGCCCAGCUGCAGCGUAAGGUGGAGCAUUACCACCGGCGUCUGCGCGAGGCGGAGCACAGCGGCGUGCAGCGGCAGCCCAAAGACAUGCUGAGGGACAUGCAGCAGGGCCUGAAGGACGUGGGGGCCCGGGUCAUCACAGGCCUCAGCGAGGGGGUGGUGGACAGCCUGCACUCGGCCGCGGGGGCCGUGGCCUCCAAACCGCGUGAGAUCGCCUCGCUCAUCCGCCACCGCUUCGGCAGUGCAGACAACAUCAGCGUGCUGAGGGACGGGCCCGAGGAGGCCGAAGACGCCGCACACCUGCAGUCCAGCUCCAAGUUCGGCAGCGAUGAGGACUGCUCCAGUGCCACCUCAGGAUCCAACAGCAUGACUGGGGCCCCCGGGGGUCCGCCCGGCUCCAGGGGGAACACGCUGGAGCGGGGCCACAGCAGCAGCCUAGACACGCUGAUGCAGGAGCUGCAGGAGCUGCGAGACGCACAGACUCGCCUGGAGGAGACGCUGGACACUGUGAGGAGCGGAUAUAUGAAGGAGUGCAGGCUAGUGAUGCAGUCACUGCAGGAGGAGAGGUUCAGGUGUGAGCGGUUAGAGGAACAAGUCAAUGAUAUGACGGAGCUCCACCAGAACGAGAUCCUGAACCUGAAACAAGAGCUGGCCAGCAUGGAGGAGAAGAUCUCGUACCAGUCCAACGAGAGAGCACGAGACCUGCAGGAGGCUCUGGAGGCGUGUCAGACGCGUGUCUCUAAGAUGGAGCUGCAGCAGCAGGUGGAGGGUCUGGAGAACGCCACGGCUCGCACACUCCUGGGCAAACUCAUCACCGUGCUGCUGGCCCUCAUGGCUGUCCUGCUGGUCUUCUUCUCCACCCUCGCCAACUGUGUGGUGCCUCUGAUGAAGACACGCAGCCGCUCCAUCUCCUCGCUGCUGGCCUUUCUGCUGCUGGCCGUGCUCUGGAGGAACUGGGACUCUUUCUCAGGACACACCUCUCGCCUCCUGCAUGUGCCCCGAUGAGCCGCGGGACAACUGCUGCUUUCUGACCCGUUUGCA